AUGGCUCAAUGGGGCUGGACUUCGUUGAGCGCAAGCAACAUAUCAGCCUCCGAGACCGUUAGGCUAAGGCUUCAGUUUGACUACCGGCCGCCAGCCACCCCGCACUGCUUGAACAAACGCCGAGUCGUCACGGAUCUCAUCAGCCUCAUCUGCCAGCGCUUCGGCUUCAGUUCCAGGGCGCUCCUGGGCCUCUACCUGGAAGGGGGGCUCCUGCCCCCCGCCAAGAGCGCACGCCUGGUGCCGGACAACGACUGCCUCAGGGUUAAGUUAGAAGACAGAGAAACGCCUGAGAACUUGGUACUAGUCAGUAAUGGUGAUGACUCUUAUUUCACACCUAGAAAAGCAAAGAUGGCUUUUAGGUUGGUGGAGGACGAAGAAUUGGAGCUAGGUUACAAGUGUUUCAAGAAGCAUUGGAAGAAACAAAAGAGCAACAGCCACAACGAGAAUGCCUUGGAUCUGGAAACAAAACCUGUCUCAGAUCAGCCUGGGAGGGAAAAAAGCAAGAGAAAAAGUAAAGUGACAGCAGCAGAUGAGGAGGAGGAGAGCAAAAAGAAGUCACCAGAAAGGAAGGAGAAAUGUGAACACAGGAAACAGAGCAGGAACCCCAAGUCUCCUAAAGCGCAGAAAGAGUGGAGCCUGCAGAACUGCAGUCUUCCCAAAGGCGCCCCGAGAAGCAACCUUGCCAAAGCCCGCAGGAAAGGCAGGGCCAGCGCUGGACCCAAAGGUGGUCCCAACUCUGUCCCUGAGUCUGAGUCUUCUGGGGAGUCAUCCAGCAAUGGUCAGGGCAGUGUCACAGCGAAGGGUGGCAACGCCGCAGACAAACUGUCAGCUGAACUGUUAAAAGUUGGGCUGGCUACAAAAACCACAGCACUCAACAAAUCCAUGUUCACCUUCAAUCCCAGCAAGGGCAAGGCCACCAGAGCCUCUUCUUCCAGUUCAUAUUUCAGCUCAGAUUCAGAUAAAAAGUGUGUGGUGUCCAAGAAUACUUCCCCCAGUGCUGCAGACCUCCUAAAGACAGCAGGCCUCUUUGCAGGGCGAGGGUGUCCAGGCCCAGGGCUGCUGUUGCAGACUCCAGGUACUAUAGGAUGGAAGCCUUCAGACUCAAGUAAAGGCAGACAGGAUCCUGGUCUCCCCGGUGUGUCUGUACCCACCAAUUUGGGAAGAGGAUGGGGGCGAGGAGAGGACUUCUUGUCUUGGAGGGGACCAAGGGGCCAGGGCAUAUGGGGCAAAGGUCAAGGUCAAGGGCAUGCUAUCUUCUGCAUUUUGAAUAGAAACCUGGAGUGUCAGAAGGAGCAGCAAUUAAAUGAGAUAGUAACUAACUCAUCCACCAUUAUCCAGAAUCCAGUAGAGAUACAUGAGAAGGAUUAUAGUCUAUUACCACUGUUGGCAGCUGCCCCUCAAGUUGGAGAAAAGAUUGCAUUUAAGCUUUUGGAACUAACAUCCAACUACUCUCCUGAUGUCUCUGACUACAAGGAAGGAAAAAUAUUAAGCCAUGAUCCAGAGACCCAGCAAGUAGAUAUAGAAAUUCUCUCAUCCUUACCUGCCUUGAAAGAACCUGGGAAAUUUGAUUUGGUCUAUCACAACGAAAAUGGAACUGAGGUGGUUGAGUACACUGUGGCACAGGAGAGGAGGAUUACUGUGCUUUGGAAAGAGUUGAUUGAUCCAAGACUGAUUAUUGAAUCUGCAAGUAACAUCUCGAGUGCAUGAUGGGUCUAAGUCCAA